AUGUUUGAAUACUUUUAUUCUUUUUUUUCUCUCUCUCUCUCAUCGUCUCUUUUCUUUGUCCUUUUCUCUAUCUGUUUUGUUUUCUUGGCUGUCUCUCUCACUCUUUUGCGGCCUCUCUUUUUCUCUCUCCGAGAGAGGCCGAGAGCUUCUCUCUCUCUCUCUCUUGUCUCCUUCCCCUCCGUCAUUUUUUUUCAACUUUUGCAUCGACUCAGUGUUCAUGCUUCUGAUGGACCACAAAAGUUACUUCGGGUGAUAAAAAAUCCUAUAAAUAAUCACCUACCAGUUGGUUGCACCAAAUUAACAAUGUCUUUCAAUGCUCCAUUGUGUAAAGAUGUGAAGACGUUAGUACCAGAUGAUAAACCAAUUGUCUUUGUGAUUGGAGCCAUGGCUCAUGGAAGUGUUGAUGUGGAUUAUACAGAGAGGUCUUAUUCAAUCAGUAGUUAUCCACUUUCAGCUGCAUUAACUUGUGCCAAGGUUUGCACUGCAUUCGAACAGGGUUGGGGAAUUGAGUGA